CCAGUGGUCGAUCUGGUCCAGCAGACUUUUUCGCACAGCAGCAAACCUGCUGUCCAAAUUCCCAUAUUGUAGGAAGAGUUCAAAGGAUAGUUUACAGCAAUCCUACAAUUCAAUUGAGCUUUGUUAGUUACUCUGAAACGUUUAAUAUACUCUACCCAUCAUUUUGUACAAUAGUUAGAAUUGUUAAAUAGUGCCUUAAAAUGGAAGCAUUGUGUUAAAGUGCAAGGAUUACAUUCCUCUGCCGCUGUUUAUUGAAAGCUGUUUUGGAGUUCGAGCAAAAAAAAAAAUCCAUUAAAAAAUGCCUUAGAUUGCAUUAAAGAUAAUCCUAGUUAAAUUGCUCUUUGCAUCACUGCUGUAAAUCUCUCCCAAUUCCAAGGCAUUGCUCAACUGCCCAUUGUGAUUUUUCCUGUCAUGCCUUGUACACUGGAAGUUUCAAGUCAAGCAGGGAGCCGAAGAGAGAGAGAGCAGCAGCGACGAUGAAGGCAGCACUGUGGUCAGGAAGGAGAGACGCAAAGAAGUUUCCAAUCCUAUGAUUCAGAAGACCAAAAGAAAUAUAAAGGACAAGACCUCCUAUGGGUCAAGCAGCAGCGAUGACGAGAGCAAAUCUGAAGGAGUGGGAGUCAUGUACAAAUCUACAAGAUCUGCGAAACCAGUGGGCCCAGAAGACAUGGGGGCAACUGCUGUUUAUGAACUAGACACAGAGAAGGAGAAGGAUGCUCAAGCCAUCUUUGAACGUAGUCAGCAAAUCCAGGAGGAACUCCGAGGAAAGGAAGAUGAUAAGAUUUACCGUGGAAUCAAUAAUUAUCAAAAGUAUGUGAAGCCAAAAGAUACAUCCAUGGGGAAUGCCUCAUCAGGCAUGGUAAGAAAAGGACCCAUACGAGCCCCAGAGCAUCUCAGGGCCACUGUGCGGUGGGACUACCAGCCUGACAUCUGUAAAGACUACAAGGAAACUGGGUUUUGUGGCUUUGGAGACAGCUGUAAAUUUCUCCACGACAGGUCCGAUUAUAAGCAUGGCUGGCAAAUUGAACGGGAGCUGGAUGAAGGACGCUAUGGAGUUAAUGAUGAUGAAAACUAUGAAGUGAGUGAUGAUGAUGAGGAACUGCCAUUCAAGUGUUUCAUCUGUAGAGGCUCCUUCAAGAAUCCAGUGGUGACCAAAUGUAAACACUACUUUUGUGAGAGUUGUGCCUUGCAACAUUAUCGCAAGUCCCAGAGAUGUUAUGUGUGUGAUAAGCAAACUACUGGUGUCUUCAAUCCAGCCAAAGAGCUAAUAGCAAAGCUGGAAAAGCACAAAGUUGAAGAGGGAGCCCCAGAGGCUGAGGAGGAACCAGAAUAGCAUUGCUCAGUUCCCAUCACUUCCUCAAACUCCUCUUUGAAAAGCUAAUUUUGUAAUUUAAAUAAACAUUUAUAGGAAAACAAA